UGGUGUGGUGUGCACGCUCCCCCACACCAUUUGACUUGACAUCGGAGUUGCUCUGUCUUCUCCUUCCGAUUCCAUCCGAGAAAGGGCGAGAAAAAUGGCGACCGCCGCCGCUUCUUCCACCGCUCCGCUCUCCAACGCUUUCUUACCGCGGCUAGGGCCGAAUGGAGGUGCGAAAUCGACUCGAAGCUUGCAAUGGGCGAAGAACCAGCGCCAGAGGUCGAGUCCGAGGAGGUUCGGGGCUGCUGUGAUUACUGCGAAAUUCGAGCUCAAGCCCCCUCCAUAUCCCCUGAAUGCGCUGGAACCACACAUGAGCCAGAACACCCUGUCGUUUCACUGGGGAAAGCAUCACAGAGGUUACGUCGAUAAUCUGAACAAGCAGAUUGCCGGGACGGAGCUGGAAUCGAAGUCCUUGGAGGACAUUAUAAUUCAGACAUACAAUAAGGGUGACCUUCUUCCACCAUUCAAUAAUGCUGCUCAGAUCUGGAACCAUGACUUCUUUUGGGAAUCAAUGAAACCAGGUGGCGGAGGAAAGCCAUCUGGAGAACUUCUGAAGUUGAUCGAGAGAGAUUUCGGUUCUUUUGAGAAGCUCUGUGAAGAGUUGAGAUCAGCUGCUGCCACGCAGUUCGGUUCUGGCUGGGCUUGGCUUGCUUUUAAUCCCCGUCCAUCGGAUGGGAAGGAGCUUCUGGUAGUGAAGAGUCCCAAUGCUGUGAAUCCCCUUGUUCUGGGCUACAUACCAAUCCUCACGAUUGACGUAUGGGAGCAUGCUUACUACCUUGACUUUCAGAACCGACGGCCUGAUUACAUAUCAAUCUUCCUGGAGAAGCUUGUUUCCUGGGAAGGAGUCGGUGCUAAACUUGCGGUUGCAAAGUCUCAAGCUGCUUAAAACGAGACGAGGAAUAAGAGAGAAGGGGUGGUACUGAUUCUAGUCAGACAUUGCUACUGAAGAUGUUCAGAAGCUCGAGAUUUUCACCACCAUUAUCUUCUUCUUGCUUUUUUGCCCGAAAAGGUACUGUAAUAACGGACCCCUUCCAUGCUCUCUCUUAGCGGACUUAGAGGGGAGGGUGGACUGAAAUUUACCAUCCCUUCUUUGUUGUUGUGAGAAAUGUCCUGUAUUUUGCGCUGAAUCUAUGAGGUAGGAUUCCUUGUGCUCCAUCCAGCUAUUUAGCAUUUUCAUGGUAUAAAGGAUGGAAAAUUGUCCUGA